ACUGUGAACAGCUGCUUGAAUGAAUGGAUGAGGAGAAGGCAAAUAAGAAAAAUACUACGCGUGGGUGAAGAAGAAGAACCCAAAAAAAACUCAAUGAAACAACGAGGUUCUGGUGGAUCUCUAUGGUCGUAUAAGGGGAUUUUAAAUAAGAUGGCGGAUCGAAGCAGAAUGAAAUGGUUUUAUUCCAGACGGGCCAGUGGACUAGGGAUUAAGCUAAUAAAAUUCAAUUGGACCUGCGAUUUGGACUUGGUUUGCUGCUUCCGUUCCGGAAAGGUUAGAAAUUCAGAUGGGACCUGGACCGGAAGACUGAAGGCGGUGUAUGGAGCCAAUUAUUAUUCUAAAAACCUAAGUUUUAAUCAUCCUAUUUUGGUUCCUGAAGAACUAGAACUGUAAGAUCGAGAGGAAAAUUUCUUAAGUCAACGAAAUUUUAAUCGGUAAGUGAAAAUUUUAAAUUUCUAUUAUUAACAUCUAAUUUUAAGUUAUUCUGUUCAGUCUAACAGAAGAUUUAGUAUUCAAGAUAGAUAAAAAAAACAAGCUAUAGAUAAAUUGCCUUAUUUCGUGAUCGUUAACAUCACAAAAUUUUCCAUUAGAAAAAAACUAUUUUGCCAGGAAUAGUUCGUGUUGUGAGAACAACUUACCGUAGCGAUAGAUUUCCCUGUUAACGAGUAAUUCACGUGUUUCUACCCGAAACGCUUGUUGGAUACUCGUCGCAGCUUUGCUCCCAGACAAUUCACAUUGCUAAAUUUUAGUCAGCGCUUAGAUGACUAACAAUUCCUAACCCUGAGUGCAUGGUUCCAAAGGGUGCUAUGACGGAAUUGCAUCUAUGACUAGCGUCUGACGAUCACAACGUGGUCAUAAACGAAAAUUAAUAGAUUUAGUCUGGUUGAGCACUCGGCGAACUACUCGUUAACGAGCAAACUAUCACGACUGUAUAGUGUUCCAAAACACAAAUGAACUUCCCUGGUCGUAGGCUUUCACUAAAAAAAAGAAAACAAAGUGUUAAAUAUAAACAAGGCAAAAUAUCAUUAACGAAAUGUUUUGUGUAGAAAAGUAUCUACUAACUCAUUUAUACAAAAUACAGAAAAUAAAAUAGGUUUUAUUAUUUUGGUUCGAGCUAGGAGUAGGUAUAAUCGUUGGGACUAGAACUAUUGUUUCAAAUCUUUGGCAUGAAAUACCCCCAACGAUUUUCCUUGAAGGUAUAGGCUAUUACCAAUAGGUCUGACAAUUCGGCAUUUUAAAAAUUUCUUGGCUAGUUUAGCAUUAAAAUUAUUUUUGAAAUCGCUUAGCUGAAAGUUGUGACGAUAAACCUCUUGACCUGGUACAAACUUGACUUGACGGCAACGGGUAUUGUAUGUCUUCUCGUUUUUCAAAUAUGCUUUGUGCAAAUUCUCACGAAUUUUGUUCCGUACUUAGUCCAUUUUUACCAUUUCGCGGGUUUUGUCGGGUUUGGCAAUUGGCCACAAAUGAUCGGACCUGAACAUUCUGGUUGGGCCAGUAGAAAUAUUCCCUUAACCUUCGGAGCGUUUUACCAAAACCUCCAUGAGCGGCUUGAGGCGGAUGGUGGCACUUCGCAAUUACUUCUUGAGUAAGCUCUAGUGGAACCCAAACUUCCAGGCAAAAUCUUCGUUUAGCGGCACCCCGUCAUAUGGGAGGACCCGCUUAUAAACCAGGUCAUUCACGACCUUCAAAUCAGGCAGGCUUUCAGAGUUUUCCUUGAUUUUGGCGAUUAAGUCCAGGUAACUUUGACCUUUGAAAUACUCAGACUCUAAAUUUAUUAAAUUAUUUACCUCCACAGAUACUUCCUCCAUGUCAUACUUCGACAAGGUGUCGGGAACGAUAUUUUUGGAUCCGGGCCGGCGUUCGAUGGAAAAUGUAAAGGCCUGUAGAUGUAAGCUCCAUCGGGCUAGUCUGCCCGUAGUUCUUCUGUGCACUGGUCAAUUUGUGAGAGAUGAACGCCACCGGAUACUCGCCGUUGUUUUCGUCCUUCUGGAAGAGAACUGCUCCCAAACCUAUGUCUGAUGCAUCGCAUUGGACAUAAAAGUGCCUGUUGAAAUCGGGAUGCAUAAGCACUGGUGCUGUUGUGAGGGCGGACUUUAGCUUGGCGAAGGCUUCCUUAGCUUCGUCCGGAAAGUUGAAACCUUUCCCUUUCUUAAGGGUGUUAAAAAUAGCUCCCAUGUAGCUUCGGACCUGUUUGGCGGUUUUCGGGUAGGUAUAUUUUAAAAUCGUAUCGAUCUUAUCUGGAUCAGGUUUUAACUUCCCUCCUCCUACUAUAUACCCUAGGUACUUCAACUCUUUGAAGCAAAAUUUCGACUUCCCUACGUUGAUGGUCAGACACGCCGAAUUCAGGCAAUGCGCUACCCGAUCCAGCAAUUCCAGGUGAGUUUUAAAGUCUGGAGAUAUGAUCAAAAGUUCAUCUAGAUAGACGAAAACUCUAUCACGAAGUGCUGAAGGGAUCACUUUGUCCAUCAGACGACAUAACCUUUGGGCUGCGUUUAGGGUUGCUAGCCUGGCUGGACUUGGCUGGAUUGUCCAGCUUUUUUGGUGCUAAUCCAGUUUCAAGCUAAAAUUUAAUUUGUCCAGCCAAAUAGAAAUUUUUUAGUAUACUACAAUAAC